UUAUAUUUCUUUUGUCACGUUGACUUCUUAUCCGAGUUAUAUUAAAAACAGCAUACACUGAAAUAAUCAAGACAUAUGCAUUUGGAUUGAAAACAGCAGGAGAAAGCUUUCAAUGGAGAAGAGUAAUGGCCAGCGAGUGAUUCUGUUUCCACUUCCAUUGCAAGGCUGCAUCAACCCCAUGCUUCAGCUUGCAAUGAUCCUCCACUCAAGAGGUUUCUCCAUCACUGUGAUCCACACGCGCUUCAAUCCCCCAAAACCUUCAAGCCACCCUCUCUUCACCUUCUUACAGAUCCCAGAUGGCUUGUCUGAAGCUGAGACAAGAACUCACGAUGUCACACUUCUCCUAACGCGUCUCAACCGAAGCUGUAAGUCUCCGUUUCGUGACUGUUUGACUAAACUGUUGCAAUCUGAAACAGCGGAAGGGAAACAGAGGAUUAGCUGUUUGAUCCAUGAUGCUCAAUGGAUCUUCACACAAUCACUCGCUCAUAGUUUGAAUCUCCCGAGAUUGGUCCUCAAUACCUAUAAAGUCUCUUUCUUUCAUGGCCAUUUCGUUCUUCCUCACCUCCGCCGCCAAAGAUUACCUCCAUUGCAAGGUCCCAUCACAAAUUCAGAACAAGAUGAUCCAGUAGAGGAGUUUCCACCGCUUCGAAAGAAAGAUCUUUCACAGAUUCUCGAUGAAGAAACAGAGCUCUUAGACUCGUACUCAGAUAAGAUCUUGGAAACGACAAAGACGUCUUCUGGUCUUAUAUUCGUGUCAUCUUGUGAGGAGUUGGAUCAAGACUCACUCAGCCAAGCACGUCAAGAUUUCAAAGUCCCUAUCUAUGCAAUAGGACCUUCUCAUAACUACUUUCCAGGCUCGUCUAGUAGCUUGUUCACACCGGACAGCACUUGCAUCCAGUGGCUUGACAAACAAGAAGACAGAUCCGUGAUCUACGUGAGUUUCGGUAGCUUAGCGAACAUGAGCCGUUCAGAGUUAAUUGAGAUUGCUUGGGGUCUAAGCAACAGCGACCAACCCUUCUUGUUGGUCGUUAGGGUUGGUUCAGUCAAAGACGCAGAAUGGAUCGAGACGAUCCCUGAAGAACUUAUGGAGAGGAUUAAGGAGAAGGGGAAGAUAGUGAAAUGGGCGCCGCAACAAGAGGUUCUAAAGCAUAGAGCCGUUGGAGGAUUCUUGACACACAAUGGUUGGAACUCGACUGUUGAGAGUGUUUGUGAAGGUGUCCCUAUGAUUUGUUUGCCUUUUGUGUGGGAUCAGUUGCUGAAUGCAAGAUUCGUUAGUGAUGUGUGGAUGGUGGGGAUUCAUCUAGAGGGUCGGAUUGAGAGGAAUGUGAUUGAAAGAGCGGUAAGGAGAUUGUUGUUGGAGCCAGAAGGAGAAGUGAUACGAGGGAGGAUGAAGCUUCUUAUGGAGAAAGUAAGAAGAUCUGUUAAACAAAACGGUUCGGCAUAUCGAUCUUUAGAACAGUUGGUUGAUCGUCUAUCAUCUUUCUAGCUAUAUGUUCGUAUGUUGAUUUCUUCGUCAUUUUUUGUUUUGUUUUGCAAGUAAUAAUUUGUCUGUGUUUGGCAUUGCUAGAAGAA